AAACCCCAAAUUUGUCGCAGAGCGGGAAAUAAACAAACUUCGGAAGAAGGCAGAGUUGUGAAAUGAAAGCUCUCCUCCACCGUGCUUAAGGUGGCGCAUCUCCGUUUCAUUGCCUCGCUCUUCUCUGCAUAGCAGAACCAGUGCUUGUCAAUGGCGACGGGAAGAGGGCUUGUAUCGUUCAUCUCAGCUGCGGCGGCGGCUAUACUGGCCAUCUUCGUUUUCUUGCUCCUCAACCCCUCACGGAGACAUCUGAUUUGGUUUAGGGAUUCUGCAGCGGACUUGGUGGUAAGAAACGCUACUAUCUACACCAGUGUCGCAUCGAUCCCCUUUGCGGAAGCGAUGGCAGUACGGAACGGGCGGAUCCUUAGAAUCGGAACUGAUGCUCAUGUUCGGGGUUUGAUAGGUUAUAGGACGCAUGAGUUGAAUCUUGAAGGGAAGGUAGUCCUGCCAGGAUUUAUAGAUUCUCACGUCCAUCUGAUUUCUGGGGGUUUGCAGAUGGGUCGUGUGAAACUUCAAGGUAUUAAAAGUAAAGAAGAUUUUGUGAUGACGGUGAAAGAAGCUGUGAAAGAUAAACUUCCUGGUGACUGGUUGUUGGGUGGAGGCUGGAACAAUGAUAUUUGGGGUGGAGAAUUACCCGAUGCUUCCUGGAUAGAUGAUAUUACACGCGACAACCCGGUUUGGUUCGUACGGAUGGAUGGUCAUAUGGGUUUAGCCAACUCUCUUGCCCUAAAGCUUGCUGGAAUUACCAACUCAAGUUUGGACCCUGUUGGUGGGACAAUCUUGACAACAAGUAACGGAGCAGAUCCUACUGGUCUUCUGAUUGAUUCUGCAAUGAAGCUUGUUCUCACAGUAAUCCCUGAAAUCUCAGUCCAUGAAAGGCAAGAAGCCUUGAUUAGGGCAAGCAAGUAUGCCUUGAUGAACGGAGUGACCACUAUGGUUGAUAUGGGAAGGUACUUUCCUGGUGCAUCUGUCGAUGAUUCUUGGCAAGAUCUUUCAGAUGUUUAUAAAUGGGCUGAUUCUUCUGGGAAGAUGUUGAUAAGAGUUUGCUUGUUCUUUCCACUUCAGACAUGGUCUCGCCUAAGGGAUCUUUUCGAAGAUAAAGGUAGAUCCUUAAGUCAGUGGAUUUACUUAGGCGGUGUCAAAGCAUUUGCUGAUGGGUCUUUGGGAUCGAAUAGUGCACUCUUCCAUGAGCCCUAUGAGGACGAUCCUCAUAAUUAUGGAUUGCAAGUGUCAGAUUUUGAUUGGCUAUUUAAUGCCACAGUGGCUUCAGACAAAACUGGACUUCAGGUUGCAGUGCAUGCAAUCGGAGACAAAGCAAAUGACAUGGUCUUGGAUUUAUUUAACUCAGUGAAAUCGAUUAAUGAAGGAAGAGAUCAUAGAUUCAGGAUUGAACAUGCCCAGCAUCUAGUGCCAGAAGCAAUAAGCCGUUUUGGUGUUCAAAGUGUUAUUGCCUCUGUACAGGUAAACGAAUUAAAGCAUGCAUACUAUUGGUUUUAUAUCCCUAAAUUCUUGGAUUUUUAGAUGCUAAGAUUCAUG